AAUUUUACAAGUAUAUUCUUUUUUAUUCUUCCUUUUUUGUCAUUUUACUUCCACGAUAAUUUCUUAAAUGUUCAUUCUGCUACUUUAAAUCUCAUCACCAGAUUCUAAGUCUCAGCAAACCCGCCAUCAGAGUAUCAGACGAUUGCAAAAUUUAUCUAAACAAUUUUGUUACUUUGAAUCUUACCAUGGCGAUUUCAUCUGUUGAGAUUCCUUCAUCUGACUGCAGCAAAUCUGCUCUGCUCAAACUUGCUCCUGUAGAAGCAAUCUUAUUUGAUGUGGACGGAACCUUGUGUGAUACAGAUCCUCUCCAUCACCGUGCCUUCCGUGAAAUGCUUUUGGAGAUAGGAUUCAACGGUGGUGUUCCAAUAGAUGAGGAAUUCUUUAUUCUAAACAUAGCUGGCAAGCAUAACGAUGAUAUUGCCAGGCUUCUCUUUCCUGAUGACUAUGAGCGAGGCUUGAAAUUCACAGAUGAGAAGGAAGCCUAUUUCAGGAGGCUGGUGGGAGAACAGUUGAACUGUAUAAGCGGCCUGGACAAGCUAGUAAAAUGGAUCAAAGAUCACGGCUUAAAAAGGGCAGCUGUAACUAAUGCCCCUAGAGCUAAUGCCGAGCUUAUGAUCUCAAGGCUCGGCCUCACAGAAUUCUUCCAGGCGGUUAUAGUUGGAAGUGAGUGUGAACAUGCAAAACCACACCCAAUGCCUUAUUUGAAGGGUUUGGAAGCAAUUGGUGCAUCAAAAGAGCAUACUUUUAUCUUUGAGGAUUCUCCUUCUGGAAUUAGAGCUGGUGUAGCUGCUGAAAUGCCUGUGAUCGGCUUGAGUACCAGAAAUCCCGAAAACCUUUUGAUGGAAGAAAAACCGGCAUUCCUCAUUAAGGACUACGAAGAUACAAAAUUGUGGGCGGCUUUGGAGGAGCUUGAAAAGCAAGGCGGUGUCAGUAUUAGAACCCAAACAACUCAAACAGACACCUUCGCUUAGAUUUUUUGAAGCAGAAGGUGCAUAUAAGCUGUAGAGAGGCUGCAGGAAUUCAAAUUGGCUUAAUAAUGAAGUCGAAUGUUGGUGUUUGAUAUGUAUGCAAUGGUGCAUCGCUUGGAAUUUUGUAGUUAUGCAGCUCAUUUAUUCUUCAUAUUGCUACUGCUGGAGGCAGCUAUAUUUUUUCGAGUUCCUGUUAAAUAAUCAACUCUUGACUUAUAGAGUAGAAGAAUUGAUCCACAAGGCUUGGAGCAAACAGGUACUUAUCCACAUAAUCUCUCUUGGCUUUAUUUCUUGUAAAUGUCAUUCACCAUUUGACUUUUAAUGGUCAAAGUUUUAUUAAAAACGACAGUUAUUUAUAUGCUCUA